AUGGGGGGCCCAGGCAGCCUCCUCCUCCUCCUCCUGCUGGGGGGCGCCGAGUCACGGUCGCACUCCCUGCAGUACUUCCUGACGGCCGUCUCGGAGCCCGGCCCGGGGGUGCCCGAGUUCACCGUGGCCGGCUACGUGGACGGGCAGCGGUUCAUGGAGUACGACAGCGAGGCCCAGCAGAUGCGGCCCCGGGCACCCUGGAUGCAGGAGACCGAGACCGAGGUCUGGGAGCGGGAGAACCAUGUCCACAAGGUGCGUCAGACCUGCUUCCGGGGCAAGGUGCGGAGCCACAUGCACCUCUACAACCAGAGCAGGGGCUUCCACAUCUUCCAGUAUGCCUACGGCUGCGAGAUCCGGGCGGACGGCAGCACCGGGGGCUUCCGGCGCUUUGGCUACGACGGGGGCGACUUCCUGAUCUACGACGACGCCCGGCACCGCUGGGAGGCUCCUGCCCGGGAGGCCGAGGCCACCCAGCGCCGGUGGAACGGGGACCCGGUCGCCCUGUAGUACUACCGCCACUUCCUGGAGCGGGAGUGCGUCGAGGCCCUGCGCCGCUACCUGCAGCUCGGGCAGGGGGCGCUGGCCAGGCGGGAGCGCCCGGCCGUGCGGGUCACCGGCAGAGACGCCCCCGGUGGCCCCACCACCCUCUCCUGCCGGGCCCACGGCUUCUACCCCCGGGACAUCGCCCUGAGCUGGCUGCGACACGGAGGGAGCAGCGAGCAGGAGCCGCGGCGAGGGGGGGUCCUGCCCAAUGGGGACGGGACCUACCAUGCCUGGGCCACGGUGGAGGUUGACCCCCGGGAGAGAGGCCUGUACCGCUGCCGUGUGGAGCACGAGAGCCUCGCCGAGCCGCUCGUCGUCGUGUGGGAGCCGCCGUGCGAGUCGCUGCUGGUCCCGGUGGUGGCGGGCGUGAUCCUGGCCCUGGGGGCGGUCGCCGUGCUGGUCGGCCUGGCCUGGAGGAGGAGGCUGUCAGGGCCCCAGGCGGAUCUGUACUCGCCGGCGCCGGCCAGCGAGCAUGGAUCAGACAGCUCCAUCACUGGAGCUGCGGGGGGCGCAGCUGUCGGGAUGAGCAGGACCUCGCUGGGGAUGGGGGGGCGGGAGACCAGCCUGUGUUUGUUCCUCCUCCUCCCCCUGGGGGCCCUCGCCGGCAAGGGACGGGACUCCGCAACUCAUUCCCUGCAGUAUUUCCACACCGCAGUCUCUGAUCCUGAACCUGGACUCCCAGCAUAUGCCUUUGUUGGGUAUCUCGAUGACAACCUCUUUGUUGAGUGUGACAGUGACAGUGGGCUGUUUAAACCACGAGCCCAGUGGAUAAAGGACAAUGUGGAUGCUGAUUACUGGGAGCGUGGUACCAAACUUGGAAUCGCACAAGAGCAGGCGUUCGGAACCGGCAUGAGAAUUUUAAUGGAGCGCUACAAUCAGACUGGGGGGUUUCACACUCUGCAGCGCAGGAGCGGCUGUGAGAUUCGGGAGGAUGGCAGCAUCGGGGGGUCCCGGCAACUUGCAUAUGAUGGGGACGACUUCCUCAGCUUCGAUAUGAACACUUACACGUGGGUAGCCGCGGUCAAGGAAGCUGAGAUCACCCAGCGCAGAUGGAAUGAGGAUACAGCCGAUCUUCAGUAUCGGAAGCAGUACACAGAGAAGGAGUGUAUUGAGUGGCUAAGAAAAUACCACCAAUAUGGGAAGGAGGCUCUUCAAGGGAGAGAACCCGCAGCCGUUGAGGUGUCGGGCAAGGCAACCCCUGACGGGCUCACCAGCCUCUCCUGCAGGGUCUAUGGCUUCUACCCCCAGGACAUCGCUGUGACCUGGAUGAAAAACGGGGAGAUGAGAGAGCAAGAGACUCAGCGAGGGGACAUCCUACCCAGUGGGGAUGGGACCUACCAGAUUCAGGCAACCUUGGAGAUAGAUCCCACAGAGGGAGGCCGUUACUCCUGCCUUGUGGAUCACAACAGCCUGACGGAGCCUCUCAAUGUCUUCUGGGAGCCGAAGUCCAACGUGAUCCCCAUUGUGGCUGGAGUGAUCGGUGCCGUGCUGGCUGGCGUGCUGGCUGCAGUAGUCGGAAUCAUCAUCUGGAGGAAGAUUGGCUCAGGGAAAAAGGGAGCUGGCUACUCACCUCCAGGAAGUUACCAAGGAUCCAGCUCCUCCACAGAAAAUAAGUUGGUCGGUGAAGGAACUUCUGUCCCAGCGUAAUGGAGCUGGUCAGUCUGUGCCGCAGGCUGCAGGGGUCCCAGGGAGAAGAAACCAGCACAGACUGAUCUGAUCAGCACCUUCCUGUCUCCGUUUGAUUCCCGCAGUGCCCCAUGGAGGUGUUCGGGCUCCUCUCUGCCCACUUAGCAGCUGCUUGCUUUGUAAAUGUAUUGUUAGAAAAAAUUAAUGACGUGAUUGCACAAUGUAUUCUCAACAUGAAGAAUAACAAGAAGCAUAUAAAUUAUGAUUCUUCUUACAGGGUUUCUUCUCUGAACACUGCUGUUUCUAGCUACUGGUGCCCCUGUACAAUACAAUAGCUGAUUUUGGGUGUGGUGACUUAAGUUUUUGUUAUUAUUAAUGCUUAUAAUACAGUAACUCAGUGUCCUGCUCGGAGCUGGUAGCACUGUCCCCAUCAGCAGCCUGGGGAAAGCUCCAUGGGGCAAGAGUAACUUCCUGAAUCUUUUUUGUUGUCUGUAUUGUUACAACAUACUUGCAGACAGGUAUUUUGAAAUACAUUUUUAAAAAGUAAUUGACACUGGUGUGAUUAUAUUGUGUUAUUUUGACAAAUAAAAUAUGCAGAAUUUU